AUGUAUUCUAUAUUAGCUUGUUUUCGACCUACGAUGACACUAUUUCCGACUCCCUCAUCGUUAGAAAUUCCGUUACAAUUUCGGCGAAGUCAAGAUUUCUAUAUCAGUGCAACGCUUACAUUAAAUUGUGCUGAAUCACUUGAAAUUGAAGCAAAAUGGUCAAUUUUUAAUUGUACACCAAACUGUACUGUUCAAGCAACCAUUGAUCCAUCAAUAAACUUAACUCUAAAUGAAUUAUUUAUUCCAGCAAGAACUUUAUCUUACGGUGUUUAUGAAUUAAAACUAACUGUAACCAUGCAAGCUUUAUCUAAUCUGUUUUCAUCUCAGUCUGCUUUUGUUAAAAUCAAUCCAUCAGGUAUUACUGCAAAUCUUGUCAAAUUUGGUACAUCUCUCAUUACAAGCAGUUAUGAAGAAAACCUUAUACUUGAUCCUGGUAAACAUUCGAUCAAUCCUGAUGAGACUAUGUUCAAUGCUAGUGAUUGGACCUAUCGCUAUAGGUGUAGACUUUAUAAUUCAACACAUAUGGGAAGAGAUUCUUAUAUUUAUGAGAACACUAGUUCAUGUUUUUCAAAUCGAGCUGAUAAUAUGCUAGCAUGGCGAUACAAUUCUACGGAUGAUUCUCAAUCAUCAGUAACAAUUCCAGCUAAAUCAUUAAAAUAUGAUCGUACAUAUCAAUUUAGUGUUUUUAUGAUUAAUCGUCGAAACAUGACAUCUCAAGCUACAGGUUAUUUACUUGUAAGAGUUGACAAUACUCGUACUUCAAUCAUUGCUGUUGCUUGUGUUAUUUCAACAAUGUGUUCACCAAAUCUUGAUUAUCAAUAUAUUAAUCCAAGUACACAAGUUGCUCUAUUUUCUGUUUGUACUGGUCAUUAUAGAGCAAUAUCAAAUAUUCAAUGGAAUAUCUAUCAAGGUUCAAAUGAUUCAUUGACUACUGUUGUAGAAUGGACUCGUUUUAAUCAUACAGAUUCGUCUCAAAAUCUUCAUUUUCUUGGACUAAAUACAACUAAUUUUACUGCUAUAAAAACAUUAUUUAUUAAUAAUUCAAAUAUAGAAUUUUGGCGUUUUGAAGUUGUUUAUACAUUUUAUACUGAAACAAGUUCAAGUGCAUUAGAUUUUAUUAUUAAUCAACCACCUGAAAAUGGUACUUGUUCAAUUGAUCCUGAAAAUGGUACAACCAAUACUUUAUUUACAAUUAAUUGUACUGAUUGGUUUGAUGAAGAUGGUAUUCAAGAUUAUUCAUUUUAUCUUUGGUCUGAAAAAUCUUCAGAAUUAGUAAUGCUUGCUUUCACAACAAUAUCAACAUUAGAUAUAAAAUUACCUGCUGGUGAUAAUAAUUCAUCAUCACUUAAUAUAACAGUUCAUAUUCGAGAUACACUCAAUUGUGUAAAAGAAUUUCAUAUUGAAGAACCUAUUGUUGUUAUUUUGGAUGAAAUAUCAAUCAAUACAUUUAUUAAUAUUAUACAAAAUAUUGAUAAUAAAAAAACUAAUGAUCCUAUUAGACAAGCUCUUGCUAGUGGUAAUCAAAAUAUUGUUAUACAAACAGUUACUAUAGUUUCACAAGAAUUAAAUAAAAGAAAUAAACAUGAAUUGGAAAUAGCUAUUAAAAAUGGUAUUCCUGCUGAAAAAAUUUCAAUAUCACCUUUAGGUAGUCAAAAACGAUCUGAGACAUAUAAACAAACAAAUAGUUCAAUGGUUAAUGAAUAUACUAAUAAAUUAAAUAUGUUAGCAAAAACACGCGAUUAUCUUAUGAAAGUAACUACUAAUCUUGCCAUAACGACUAUUGAUAGUAUUAAAUUACAAGCAAGUAAUCUUGUACAAUUAACUGAAUCGAUAAAUGAACUCACAAGAACAACAUCUAUACUUGCAUCACAAAAAUGUUAUCAACUUGCUUGUAGACUUAAAGCAAUUUCUAUGAGAGUUUCCUAUGAAGAUGCAAAAUAUGCAGCUACACAAAUUUCUUAUUGUAUUAAUAAUGUUUUAACUGCUAUUAAUGCACCAUUACAACAACGAGGAUUUUUUCUUAAUACUAAUUCGAUUCAACAAAAUAAUAUAUUUAAUGAUUAUGAUGAUGAUCCCGAACUUAUUUUGUUAAAUCUAAAUAAUGAUUUUUCAAAAGAAACAGUACAAACAACUCGAAUACAUUAUUAUCAACAGAAGACAGCAAAUGAAAUUAGUAAAUUAGCAAAUGAAACUAUUUUAUUAAUUACUUCAAUAUUAAAAAUUCAUUUAAAUAUUGGACAAAAAAUAACAAUGAAAUCAUCAUCAUUAUUAGUUGAUAUAGAAACUACAACAAUUGAAUCUUUAUUAAAUAAAUCAUUUGAACAAAUUUAUAUUCCAUCUAAUAUUCAAACAAAUUUAUUAAAAAAUACUACUAUUAUAUUUCGAUCAACAAUACAUUCAUUAGCUCCAGCUGAUGCUAAUUUUCAAAUAUCAACAAAUACAAAUAUGUCAACAGCUAUAUCAUUAUCUUUAUUUGAUCAAUUUGAAAAUGAAAUUUUUAUAUAUACGAAUAAUAAACAACCAAUUGAAUUUUUUAUUUUUCGUGAUUCAAAUUUUAUAUUACCAAAAAUGUUUUUACAAAAUGUUACUUUAAUAAAUAGUACAGAAUCAUUUUAUUUAAAUAUUAUUCAUAUAAAUGAAACAAUAAUUAAUAAAAAUUUAACUAUAUCUUUACAUUUUGAAAUACGACCAUUUGAUAUUAAUAUUGGUUAUAUAUUUAUUUAUAAAUUUGAUGGUAUACCUUAUAUGAAUAGUUCAAAAAUUGAUAUUGAUAAAUGGUUAUUAUUCUGUCCAUCGAAUUUAACAAAAGAAGGUAUUUAUAAAUAUUUUAUUGAUAAUCGACAAAUAUCAAAUCAUAAAUUAAUUAUAUUUGGUUUACGAGAAUUUAAUUCAACAGAAAUAGAAAAUUUCUGUAUAAAAAAAUCAAUCAAUAGUUUACUUAUAUUUGAUGAACCUUUUAAUUUUACAUCUAAUUAUGAAUUACGUACUUAUACAUCUGGUUGUUAUUAUCUUGAUAAAAAUAAUAAUUGGCAAUCAGAUGGUUUAUGGGUUGGACCAUUAACAGAUCAUUAUAAAACACAAUGUUUCUCUACACAUUUAACUACAUUUGCUAGUAGUUUUCAAGUUUUAUUUAAUUCAAUUUAUAAAAAUGAAUUUAUUUAUUUAUCGAAAGAUGAAAACAAUCUUAAAAAAAAUUUUACACAAUUCAAACAAUUAGAAUGUCCUAUUAGAUAUAAGUCUUUUAUUCAUGCAGAAUAUAUUUUCAAACAAAUUGGUUCAAUAUGUAAUAAUACAACAUAUGGCAAAGAAUUUGAUUCUUUCGAAUUAUCAUUUUAUGAAUUAUAA